CUAGAUGGCAGUACCCACGCAUGCGCAACGGUGCAGUGCGGCGGAGGCGUCGGCCGCAAUAUGGCGGAAGCGCUGUGGCGGUUGCAACGGGGCCGCACGCGACUCUUGACAGCCGUCGGCGACGAUGUCCACGGAACUUACAUCGCUAAUAUUGCACCGGGACUAUUACUUGAUGGUUGCAUCGUGAAUGGAGGCCGCACACCAAGCUACGCUGCCAUUCUGGAUUCCAAAGGAGAGUGCCUCCUCGGGCUGGGCGAUAUGGAGCUACACAACCACAUCACUAUCGACCUAGUAAAUAAGCAUAUCGAAGUUUUAAAAGAUGCUCCACUCGUGGUUAUCGAUGGAAAUCCUCCUCAGGAAACAAUUAACCACGUGUUAAAACUGUGUCACGAGCUACAAAAGCCAGUUUUCUUCGAGCCGACAGACCGCAGAAAAGCAAUAAAAGCCAUUAAUGAAGAAUCUACUGUCACCUUUACUUCACCAAACUUAAAAGAAUUAAGGGCAAUGGCUUACUAUCUUGAACCUCAUAAGAAAAUAAAAAAAACGAAUGAUUUAAAUGAAAUUUCCGCAUUAUCGAGAAUAGUUUCAGACUAUUUUAAAUGUCUUAUUGUUACUAUGGGUUCGAAGGGUGUAGUAAUUGUGAAUAAUUUGACUAACGAUAGUGAAAAUAUUUCUUUUUAUCAAGUCAAUGUACUAGACAACGUUGAGAAUGUGUCCGGAGCUGGAGAUUGUUUUGCAAGUGGAUUUAUUAAUGGAAUUCUUCUAGGGUAUACACAAUCACAGUGCAUUAAUUUAGGUCUCGAGACUGCGAAACAAGCAUUACUAAGUAAAAAUACCGUUCCAUUUGAUCUGCACACAAUUAAACUGAAAUAGACUAGGAGUUAUCCUGGGUAUUAUUAAAUUAGUCUAUACUUUACUUCUGAUACGAGUCAUUCGACGUAAAUAGGUAUAUAUAACAUUUGCUUCGAGCUUCGCCCACGUGAAAGUAUUCCGAAAUAAAAGUCCCGCUAUAUAUUUUCCCGGGAUAAAAAAUUACCCCAUGUCUUUCCCAGAGUCUCAAACUAUUUCCAUAUCAAAUUUCAUCGAAAUUCGUUCGGUAUUUCUUGAGUUUAUCGCGUUCAGACAAGCAGACAGAUGCGGUAAAGAACUUUGUUUUAAAAUAUAUUUUUGUAUUUUUAUAUUAUGUAUCUUUUUAAGAACGUUUUAAACUUUAAUUUUUAAAUGUUUUUAAUUUUGACGUGUUUUCGGCUAGUUGGAACAUGAUCUAGUAUGAAUGUUUGCACUAUUGUAAAAUUAGCUUACGAUGCAGUUUAAUCCAUGUAGUUAUUAAGUACAUUAUUGAUGUGUUUAAUAUUUUACUUUAGUUAAGUGUAUAUGAUUUAUUAUA